AUGUGUAACCAACUCAAUGCAGAUGAGCUAAAGGUGCUGGUGGAUCUGCACACGGCCAAUGAGGAGGAACCAUUGUCAUCGGACGAGAUUACUAUUAUCCGUGGUGUCCUGGACAUGGCGAAUAAGAAUGUGGGGCAGGCCAUGCAGAAGAUGGAGAGUAUCUAUUG